AAUAUUUGGAAACUUCCUCAAGAUCCAAUACUGAACUGAGUUUUAGGCAACACAGAAACCCCAAAGACCAAAGACACCCAGAAGAAUUAGAGAACGACUGCAGUAUUGCAAAACAACGCUGUCGAGAGGACCCUUACUGUUUUCUAGUGUAUAAGAGCUUCCAGCGAGCAUGCCAGGCGGAUGCAGCAAAAUGCAGGCUCCCGAUGGUCAACCAGGAGUGUUUGUCAGUGUGGAAAGAACUGAGGAAAACAGUUCUGGGAGAGUGCGAGUGCUCAGAGCCCCUUCAGAUGAGAUGUGUUAAAAUAUGGAAGGGAAUAUUUAAAAACCAUUGUUUACAAUAUUCUGAAGAAAGCCAAGCUUCAGCAGCUAGUGAAAAUGAUGAUGGUGGUGACAGUGAUGACGAUGAUGUUGAUGAUGAGAGAAAUCAGGACACUGACACAGACAAUAUUAGUACAGAAACAAAAUUACAAUGGAGCUUAUCUGCUCUCUCCAAACAAGCAUACACAGCAAACAGAACCUGUUUGGAUGUGAACAAGGAGUGUGUUGAAGAUGAAGUAUGUAACAAACAGUUGUCCCUGUACCUUAAGGUUUGCUCAGUCAAUAAGAAGUGCAACAUGGAAGAAUGUCAAGCAGCCAUAAGGUUCUUCUACCGAAACAUGCCCUUUGAAGUUGCCCAAAUGAUGACAUUUUGUGAUUGUACUGAGCCUGAUGAAUCCUGCCACAGAGCCAAAGAACUUCUCCAUGGCAAACCCUGUGCAGUUACUGCAGUUCCACCCCCAUCAUGUCUGAAUGUAAUCCACAUGUGUGAAGAGAAUGAAUUGUGCAGGAAAAAAUACACAACUUUUCAGUCAAAGUGUUGGAGACACGUGACCAAAAAAUGCUAUGAUGAUGAAGCUUGUCUUGAAACUUUAAUGAAAGGUGACAUGCCCUGUUCUGCAAAUGCUGAUUGCAAAGCAGCCUACAUGAGCAACUGGGGCACGAUGCUGCGCGUGGAGUGUACCUGCCAGAGUUUGCCUCCCACAGAGCAGUCUUUGUGUGAGCUCUUCCAUCAUAUGCUUCACAGCAAGUCCUGCUUCAGUGAGUUACGUCAAAUUUCCAUUAAGAAGAAAGGUUUUCAUUGGGUAAAUACAGAAAUGCCAAGAGAAAAGCUUUCCAGAGCACAGUUCCAUUCUUCUUCAAUUAACGGUGAAAUGGUCUACAUUAUUGCCUAUUCCUCCUGCAUAGUUCUCAUCCUAGGAAUAGUCCUGUUGACUCUCCUAAAGAUCAGGCAAUACCCGAAGUGCCUAAUUCUCCCCGUGCACUGUACUGGGAGUCAUGGUCCCUAACACACCAAUCUGGAUCCCAACUUUCUGGCUAUGAGUUCUGGAUUUCUCCCAGUAGCUGAGUUGUUUUGCUAGAUUUAAGCUUCUGUUUAUUAGCAAUUUGUUGUCUUUGCUAUAUCUUUG